AUGGUCUCAACUACAUCCUCCGCCAAGAUGGAAUACAGAUACCUCGGUAACUCAGGCCUUAAAGUCUCAGUUUUCUCAUUCGGAAACUGGCUUAACUCAAACAAGCAAGAAGACUACGAAAUUACAAGAGAUGCAAUGAAGAUAUGCUAUGACAAUGGCAUUAACUUUUUUGAUACUGCUGAGAUCUACGGUGCUGGUAGUGCUGAGAAUCAAAUGGGAAGAGCUUUCAAGGAACUAGGCUACAGAAGAGAAGACCUUGUAGUCUCUACUAAAAUCUUCAAAUGUGGAGGUGGAAUUAAUGAUACCUUCCUGUCUAGAAAGCACAUUGUUGAGGGUCUUAGAAAUUCCCUCAAGAGAUUGCAAAUGGACUACGUGGAUAUUGUUUACUGCCACAGACCAGACUACGACACUCCCCUUGAAGAAACCGUCAGAGCCAUGAGUUAUGUGAUUGAUCAAGGCAUGGCAUUUUACUGGGGAACCUCAGAGUGGCCAGCAGAUAGAAUCUCAAAGGCGAUCGAGCUUUGUGAGAGAUUGAAUCUUCACAAGCCAGUUGUUGAAUAGCCUCAAUAUAGUAUGCUUUUCAGAACUGCAUUCGAAAAGGACUACAGAAGAGUUUUUGGUGAGUACGGAUACGGUAGCACAAUCUGGUCACCUCUCGCUGGUGGACUCCUCGCUGGAAAGUACAACACAGGUACCAUUCCAGAGGGAAGCAGAUAUGCUGUUCACUAAGGUCUGGAAGCAGUCUCAGUCUGGAACUAAACGAUGUCAGAAGACAAAAGGGAAGGCACCUUAACAAAACUCAGAGCCCUUGGUGAGCUAGCAAAGGAACUUGGCUUCACCCAAGCCUAGCUAGCAUUAGCUUGGACAAUUGCAAACAGAGAUGUCUCAACCUGUAUCCUUGGAUUCACUAGACUAGAACAAGUUGCUGAGAAUCUCAAGGCUAUUGAGCUGUACUAGCAAUGGAAUGCUGACAUUGAAAAGAAAGUAAGAGAUAUUCUUGGAAAUGAUCCAGAAAGUGACAUGGACUGGAGAAAAUGGGCCCCUCAACCAUCAAGAAGAGAUUAGGCUGUAAGAUAUUGA